GCUGGGCUGUGGGGGGCAGGGAACAUGGCGCUGGGUACCAGGGCAUCGCGGUGGCUGCUGCACCUGGCGGCCGGGAGUUGCUGCCUCCUGGUGCUGCUGUUGCUCUGCGUGCAGCUCGGGGGCGGACAGAAGAAGAAGGAGAAUCUGUUAGCGGAAAAGGUGGAACAGCUUAUGGAAUGGAGCUCAAGGCGCUCAGUCAUCCGCAUGAAUGGAGACAAAUUCAGAAGAUUUGUGAAGGCCCCACCUCGUAACUACUCUGUGAUUGUAAUGUUCACAGCUCUCCAGCCACAGAGACAAUGUUCUGUUUGCAGGCAAGCUAAUGAAGAAUAUCAAGUGCUGGCCAACUCAUGGCGCUACUCAUCAGCUUUUUCUAAUAAAUUAUUCUUCACUAUAGUGGAUUAUGAUGAAGGGGCAGAUGUUUUUCAACAGCUCAAUAUGAACUCUGCUCCGACAUUCAUGCAUUUUCCUCUGAAAGGUAAACCCAAGAGAGCUGACACCUUUGACCUGCAGAGAAUAGGAUUUGCAGCAGAGCAGCUAGCUAAAUGGAUAGCUGACAGAACAGAUGUUCAUAUUAGGGUAUUCAGGCCUCCGAACUAUUCUGGCACUAUUGCACUGGCUCUUUUAGUGUCACUUGUUGGUGGCUUGCUGUACUUGCGAAGAAAUAACUUGGAGUUCAUCUACAACAAGACUGGCUGGGCAAUGGCAGCUCUG